GCUGGAGGCUCGAGGUUCAACACCUUAAACACCUUAUGGAGACGCUGUCGAGGAUUAGGACAAAAUAAACUGAACACCAACGGAAAGAUGAGGAAAUCUAUGGCAGCUUCAUUGAUCUUAGCUCUGGUAUUAAUACAUCCCAUCAGUACGUCGUUUUCUGCCCGUCCUGAGGAUUUGGAGGGAUCGGGAUAUGAAUUGGACAGUUUAGGCUCUGGUUCAGGGGAUUGGUCCGAACAAGGAAACAUCAAGGAUCAACCCAGCAGCAAAGGAACCAGGAAUACUUCCCAAGGUUCUCCGGUCCUGAACUUUGAUGAUACAUACAAAGGCAGCGGAUCGGGAUAUAUUGUUGUGGCAAACAGCAAAAGUUUCUUGGCGAACAAACAAAUCGUUGCAGCUGUUAUUGCAGGAGGAGUUGUAGGGGUUGCAUUUGCGGCUGCACUGGCAGCACUAUUAAUCUACAUGUGGCAGAAGAAAGAUAACGGAGGAUACAUUCAGGGUCAGCAGAGGACUUCAGAUGGAAAUUAUCACAGACCCAACAGGGAGGUAGUUCUUGUUUAACUUAAAACUGCCACUUGUGUUUUGAUGGCCAAUGUCUGUAACAUGGGAACUACUGUAAAUGUGUUGUUAUAUCAGCUAUACUUGCACUCAAUGGAAAUGCAUCUGCAGUUGUUCAUUGAUAAUUUAUUUAUAUUUUUGAUGAAUUACAAGAGUCUUUAUUUACUACCUGUGUCAAAGAUUUGUUGGCCAAAGUAAUAAUAACUUUAUUUAUAUAGCACUUUUCAAAACAGAGUCUGAAGGAGAUAAAAGCAUGAAUAACUCCUCUGCAGCCGAAAGGAAUAACCUGAUUUUGUGAAUAUGUUUUAAUUGAGCAAAGCAGAUCUGCAACACUGAGGACAUUGGAGUUCUUAACUUGAACUUUCUAUUUUUGUAAAAAAUCAGCUGUAGUCAGCAGAUGUAUAUGAUCAUUGUUGACUUGUGGUUGUAUGCUUGAAAGAAGUUGGUCGUAGAUGCAAUAUGUGAUUAAUUAAUGAUCAAUCCUGUAUGAUGAACUUUACAAUAUUAUUGUUUUUAAGACCAAGAGUCACUUUACAAUAACUAUUUUGUGCAGCAAAUACUUGAUAUCUCUUUUUUGUGGAAGACAUUUUGAUGUCACAGGUGUAAAUAAUGAAAUUAUUAAUGACUGAAUUCCAUUUAGCUGCUUAGGUUUUGGGGUUGGGGUUGUUUUGCCGUUGUUAAAGGGGAACGAGGCACAUUGUCAAAAACAUUCAUGUUAUUUCUCUGGUCUCAGACAUUCCAACAAUAUUAGUGAACAUGAACAACUCGCUCCAAAAUCGACAACUAGUGUGUUCAAAUUCAAAUAUGUGAUGUCAUCAUGUAAAAAGUGUAACUGCUCCAAUGGCAAUGCAUUGUGGAAGAUGUUGUAGAUGACACAGAGUACUAAGGGGAUUGUUCUGAUGACUGGGAACCCUACAAGACAAUGAAGCUCAUUUGGGAAUAAAAAAGAAACAAACGUUCUGUGGGUCCACAAAAUCCAUCUCCACUUAAUUGUCAAUGGAGCAGCUCCAGACUUUACAAGCUAUUAGAUAAAAACACAAGUUUGAGACGUCUGGCUGUGAGAGAAAUUAUCUUGUGUUCAAAAAUAUUGAUUGGACUUCCCUCGGCCAUGGAAAUAACAUAUUGUACUUCGGAAUUUAGGUGGUGUUCUCCUUUUCUUCUAUUGGUAACACUUGUGCCUUUCCUACUAUUCAAAGCCAAAAUGUCUGCUGUAAACAUGCUGUAAAUGUCUGCUAUGUUACACCCAGGUGUAACAGGGCUUUCAAAGCUGGGUGCAGGACUAAUGAUAUCAGUAUUUCUAAAAUUAUGUCUACAGCCCUGGUUGUACUAAAUAAAUAAUCCAUGUGAUAUGAAAAAUGAAUGAAGAAUCUAGGGGGAAACUCAUACGAGGGUGUGUAUAAUGGAUUUAAUGAUGAUCGGCUGCUGAAAUAUAUAAUUUGAUUACUGGGCUGCUCAUCCCAAAGUCCAAAGACAUACAAUUUAGGUUAAUUGGUGACUCGAAAGUGCCAUGUAGGUGUGGAUGUGAGCGUGAAUAGUUGUCUGUCCCAAUGUCAGCUGGGAUCCGCCCCCCCGUGACCUAGAACAGGAUAAGCAGUUACGGAUAAACGAUAGAUAAAUAUACUUUACUGUAUGUCAUGAAAUCAUAUUUACUAUGUAUACAUUACAUAAUUGUUAAUACAUUUGCUUUACAAGUGUUACCCCUUAACGUUUGUUGUUGUUUGUUUUGUUUUAUGAGCCUAUAUUGAGAGCAUAAAUACAGUUUGUUUAAAUGAACUUCCAUUUAACAAUGAGAGGAUAUUAUGUACAUGCUAUUGCACCGUGUGUAUUAUACUAUAAUGCUUUUCUCGCAUGGUAAUCCAGCCAUACCUUCAUGGGAAGCUUAAUUGAACUAGACAUGAUUUUCAUCAUUUUACUUCCAUCACGGCCUGGAAUAUCUUCACGGCUAUUGGAUGAACCUCCCGUCAGUCAAAAGUAAACCUCUGGUCCCCGCCCUCUUACUGCCUGUCAGAGCGUUUGUUUUUACCCCUGGUGUCGCACGGGGGUUGUCAAGGAAGUGGUGGGCGUUCCUCCCCGUUAGUUCGCUGACUGUUGAUGCCGAAAAGAUUUCUCUCCUCAACGACAAGCUCUUCAGAUGUUUCUUCCUACGCUCGUGGAGGACAUGCAUCACUUUAAGCCGAGUCGAGACAGACUGUACACCACCAGGUGUUGUGGAUGCUGCCACGUCCGCACGGGGACCAUCAUCCUGGGAACAUGGUACAUGGUUGUCAAUCUGUUGAUGGGCAUCCUGCUGACUGUAGCUGUGACCCACCCAGAGAACGUGCCCACUAUUGACUUGCAAUAUGAGGUCAUCGACCAUUAUUUUGCCUCCGACAGGAUGUCUGAGAAUGCCUGUGUUGGAUUCGCCAUCUCUCUGCUGAUGCUCACCAUCAGUGCCAUGAUGGUGUAUGGAGCCAUUACUCAUCGUGACGGCUGGCUCAUCCCAUUUUUCUGCUAUCAGCUGUUUGACUUUGCUCUGAGCUGCCUGGUGGCCAUCAGUUCUCUCACCUACCUACCCAGGAUCAAGGACUACCUGGACCAGCUGCCUGAUUUCCCGUACAAGGAUUACCUCCUCUCUCUGGACUCCAGCUGCCUGCUGCUCUUUGUGCUGGUCUUCUUUGCCUUCCUCAUCAUCCUCAAGUCUUAUCUGAUCAACUGUGUGUGGAACUGCUACAAGUACAUCAACAACAGGAACAUGCCAGAGAUUGCAGUCUACCCGGCCUUUGAGACCCCACCCCAGUACAUCCUGCCCACUUAUGAGAUGGCAAUGAAGAUGCCAGAGAAGGAGCCCCCUCCCCCUUACAUGCCUGCUUAAGCACCAGCCCUGUUGCCAAAACGCACGCACGCACGCACACACACACACACACACGCACACACGCGCGCAUUCCUACCUUACCUCACUAUCCCUUUCUGAACACCCCCCUACUGUGUAUGUGUAAGGCCACUGACAAUGUUUGUCCAACCCUACCCUCUGUAUUUCUACAGAGCGUCUAUAGAGCAUCCUGGAGGUGGGAGAGGAGAAGGGUGGGAGAGACUGAAAUCUGUGUGAAAUAAAUGAAUGAAUAUGAUGUUUGAAAAGCAACGGGGGUUAGCAGCCCACCCUCCCACACCUCUGGCCUUUUUAUGUCUUAGUAAAAGGGAUACAUGUGAAAUGAAAUUGCUUGAAAUGCUAUCAUUAAUCCAGCACCAUCCUAUUUAAAAAUUGAUAUAUGAAGUGUAAAAAAAGAAGAAAAAAAACAAUAUUAUGACAAUCCUCUUAUUAUAGCUUUUAUUGUUGAAUUGUGUUACUUUCUCCCCUAAUUAUUAAGAUCUAGGCUAUUCCAUCUGUCUUGAAUGGAGUCUGUAGCACUUUUCCGUCUGUUAUUUAUUUAGCUUUGCUGUGGUUCAGUUCACCACCACGCUUGACAUUUUUGUCACUCUGCUGCCCUGAUGUGUUCGCAAAGCAAGUGAGUGGUUUCCCAGGUGAGACAGACAGACAGACAGACAGACAGACAGACAGACAGACAGACAGACAGACAGACAGACAGAGGCAUUGAUUGAUGAUGAAUAAUUUUCUUAGCUUCUUUUUCACCUGACAUCUGGAGCAAACAGCUCGUCUUUUGAACAUUAGUAGUCGCAUGUUUAUCAACAACCUCUCUAUUACUUUACUGGUAAUAUGAUUUUUAUCCUAUUAGGAAAUGCAUUUUACUUCAAUAAACGUUUCAGAACAU